AUCCUGUGUGAGCUCUAUUUCUCGAACUUUCUAUUUCUCUUUCAAAAGUCGGGUUCUUGUUCUCUCUCCCCGCCCUAAGCUCUUUGUAUUUGCGGAGUCUCGUCAUAUUAGUGGUGUUUCUCUCUCUUAUCCAUGGCUUCCUUUAUCUAUGGAUCAGUUUCACUUCCUCUCUGUUCGUUUUCUCUCAAGACAGACCAUCCCUCAUCAGUAUCGAGCAGGUUGCCUAAUCGACUGCAAAGCCUAAGGAUAAACGCUGCGGUGGCUAAAUGGGAACCCUCUAAGGUCGUUCCACAGGUAGACAGGGUCUUGAUACGCUUAGAGGAGUUGCCUCAAAAAUCAGCAGGUGGAGUACUGUUACCUAAAUCAGCAGUGAAAUUGGAGCGGUAUCUUAUGGGAGAGGUUCUCUCGGUUGGUAAAGAAGUAGGCAGUGUGGAAGCAGGCAAAAAGGUUCUUUUCUCGGACUUGAGUGCAUAUGAGGUGGAUUUGGGAACAGAUGGGAAGCACUGCUUUUGCCGUGAAAGUGAUCUACUAGCCCUGGUUGAGUGACUCCUCUCUCUCUCUCUCAGGAAAUUAGGGAAAUGGGCCGUGUGGUCCAGGAGGUUUUGAUAUGGGCAUUGCCAUGAUUGUUGCUUACUGUUGAAUCAUGUUUACUUUAUUUAUAUGAUGGGAAAGUGGGAAACCCUUGAGAGAUUUUAUCA